AUGGCGUCGGACAAUCUCUAUGAUUAUUACCUUCCUAGCAAAAUCACUGCCAUUGUUUUUGCUGCGAUUUUCGCUAUUCUUACAGCCACACACUUAUGGAGAAUUAUCGCAACCCGCCAAUGGUUCGGUAUGGCCAUUGUGGUUGGAGGUCUUUUCGAAACCGUUGCCCUCAUCGCACGCGUCAUCUCAAACAUGCACCCCAAUGAAUCCGCUCCAUACAUCAUCCAAUAUGUCCUGAUCCUUCUCGCCCCGAUUCUAUACACCGCAUCUGUGUACAUGUUCCUGGGACGUUUAAUCCGCGUAUCUGGACAUCCCGAGCUUUCGUUGAUCCGUAUCAACUGGAUAACAAAGAUUUUCGUCGUGUGCGAUAUCCUUUGUUUCUUGAUCCAGGCAUUUGGUGGAGUCAGUAUCGCCAAUCUGACCAAUUCCAACGAUAGCGCCUCGGAAAUUGCCCAUAGAAUGAACAUUGCAUCCAACGUAAUUCUCGGAGGUCUCGCACUCCAAGUCAUUUUCUUCGUGAUCUUCGCCUUGUGCGCCAUGAUCUUCCAUAUCCGGGUAUCGAAGUCCGGUGUUGCGGAAACAGUGGAUCCGUCCUUACGAAUUAACAUGAUGCUUAUCUCACUCUAUAUCGCCAGCCUACUUGUUACGGGUCGAAAUAUGUAUCGUGUCGUUGAGUACAAGACUGGAUCACAUGGAUACCUACAGGAACAUGAGUGGCCGACUUAUGGAUUGGAUGUCGGUCUUAUGGCGCUUCUUAUGUGUUUCACCUUGUUCUGGUACAUUGCCGAUACCAAGGCUCGUCUCAAGGGUAGCAAGUAUGCUGCUGUUCAUGAUGGAGAUAAGAUUUGGAGUGAUGAUAUGCAUUCGGAGAAUUACCCUCUUGCCCCGAGUGGUGUCAUGCAUGCUCCUUAUGGCAAUCCUCAGGAUACUGCCUAUGAUAGUAGUUAUGGCAGAUACUACGGUGUUGAGCAUGGCUACCGAGCCGCCUGA